AUGCCUGUUUCGCUAGAAGAGUACCGCAUAGGGCAGGCGUACAUGCGGUCGCGCAUGCAGAUGGAGAACACGCGCGGCAGCGAGGGCGUGGAGGUGGUGGCGUCGCAGCCGUUCAGCGACGAGCGCAUGGGCGCGGGGCACAUGGCGCACGUCAUCUACCACUUCCACAGCAAGGCGCCCGCGUGGCUCCGCGCGCUCGCCCCGCACGGCGCGCUGUGCCUGGAGGAGCAGAACUGGAACGCGUAUCCGCGGAGCAAGACAGUCCUCAAGUGCCCCUACCUCACCAAGUUCUCCAUCACCAUCGAGUCCAUACACCUCGCCGACAGAGGCGACUCCGAAAACGCGCUGGGGCUGAGUGAGGAGCAGGUGAAGCAGCGCAAGGUGGAGAGGGUGGACAUAGCGAGCCAUGAGCGCGACAUGUGGACGCGCCUCAUCGCCAAGUCUGGUGUCGACCCCUCCAAGCUCGCCCUCCCCAAGGCCAAGCGCGGCCCCCUCGCUCCAGGCUGGCAGGAGGCAUGUGAGCCGGUGAUGACGGCAUACAAGAUGGUCACAGUGGACGCGCCCUAUUGGGGCUUUGGCAAGAGGCUAGAGCUCUUUGUCCUCGCUGGCGAGAGGGCGUUGUUUCUGGAGGGGCAUCGGAAGAUGUAUGGGUGGAUGGACGAGUGGUGUGAGCUCACAAUGGAUGAUGUGCGUCGCAUUGAGAAGGACAACAUCGAGGCCAUGCGCAAGAAUCUUGCUCUCAACAACAAGGUGGCACCAGAUGAGUAUAACGAGGAUGAGAGUAAAGAUGAGGUGGAGGAUAGUCAAGAUUACACAGACUGCAGUGGAGCUGACCUGGCAGAUACCCCCAAGGGUAAAGAUAAAGCUGCAGAGGGUCAGUCAUGA